AUGCGCGCGAUCACUUCCUCCUCCGACAUCUACUCCGGCAACUCCACCAUGCCUUCAGAUUCCGAACUUUCAUCAUUAUCUUCGGCGCCGCCGACAGACGACGAAGCUAACAUGGCGACCGAAAAGCCUUCUGGCAUCGCAAAGUACUUCAAGAAGGAGUCUGAGACGCCGCCGCCGAAGCGGGAACCGUCACCACCGCAUGAAUACGUUCUGGCCGACAACCCUGAUAUCGCAUUCAUCGUCAUGUUCCGCGCGCGUUUCCACGAAGUGUUCCCCGGAUCAGUGCCACAUUACGGACCACAAGACAUAGAGAAGGGCGUGGAAGAAUCUCCCCCGGAUGAGGGCAUCGAAAGACUUCUUUGCGCAUUACUUGGUCUUGUUCUGAAUCGCAAGAAGGAGGUCGAACGAAAUCACUUCACGCGCCCUCUAGAAGAAGCUAUCCAUACACACCAGUCGCAAUGGCCCAAAGCCUGGCAAGGCAAAAACCCCCUUCACGGAGGUCGCAGCUUUGCGACCAUGUCGCCCGUGGAACGCUUGCAAUUACUCAAAGCCUUGAUACUUUGGUCGCUUUCGUCUUCCGAGGCCGUCGCGGCCAAAAUCAAGGAAUCCUAUAAGCAGGCGCGCCAUGAUGACGACCUCAACCAGCCUUUGUCCGUUCAACCUUGGGGGCGGGAUAGCCUGAAACGCAGGUAUUGGCUCAUUGAAGGCCAAGAUGAUACAAACUUCCGACUCUACCGCGAGAGCAACCCGGUUCUUAAACACAAUACCUGGUGGAGUGUCGCAGGCAGCAUUCCUGAACUGGAGACCGUGGCAGAGAAGCUCGAGGGAGAGAAAGGAUUAAAUUCCAAGAAACUCAGCGAGAAGAUUCGCGCCUCGAUUCCCCGAUUUGAGGCAUCAGAAGAGAAACGUCGACGUCGCGAAUACCGUCUCGCCCGCAAGGCGGCUUUCACUCGCCCGGAUCCAGGGUAUUCCAUGUACGAGGGUCGUACACGGGGAAAGAAGCUCAAAUACACAUAUUCGGAUGACGAAGGCAUGUUUUCUGAUGAACAGCCUUCUCAUCGUCGAUCCAAUCGGAAUGGAGGAGCCGCCGAGGUUCAAACAGAAUCCAGGCGACCCCGGUUCACAGCAAGCGGGCGACAGAUUCGAUCUCGUGCCGGGGGUCUCUAUGGCGAGGCUCUCCUUCACGGACAACGCGGUAGUGCUGAUGAUGAUGAAUUAGACGAAGAAGAGGAAGUUAGCAGGCCGCAGCGGACUCGGACUUCAAUGCAUCCAAAUGGAUACUCCGGAUACGAUGCUGAAGACCUGGAGGAUGCAUCAGAAGUGCACUCCAACGACAGCGGCAAUGAAUGGCGAGGUGUCGAAGAUGACAUUGAAAAUGACUUCGAAGGCGAUGACGAGGGAGAACAAGCCAGCGACGACGACUCGGAUGAAAUUGAUGAGCCUGAAAGUCUUGUUGUGCAACUUCGAUACGGCAAGGGAGAUGCGUCCAGCCAUCCUGAAGUUCAGAUCGGUAAACCUCCUCCCAUGGGGGACGUCGAGAUGAAGGAUGUCGGAGGAGCUGCCACAGCACCAGCGUCGGCUUCUGCGCAAUUUCCGUCGACGACAAUGCCCCAAGAAGCAAAGCCUGUCGUUGAAAUACCUUCGCUUAACACUCUCGCAUCGCCCGCACCGGUAGCCCAUGUUCCAACUCAGCCGACACCAAGUGUGGCAGUACCAUAUGUUGCACCCGAAUCGAAGCCGCAACAGCCUGCCCCAAAAGAUUCGAUGGCCACUUCCAUGAACACGGCACAGAUUCCUUUGGGCGCCGACAUGGCGACACCAAAGGACAACACAGUGGAGCUCAAUGGGCCUACCACAUCUUGA